AUAGGAAUCUGACGAAAAAGUGGGCUGUGCCCUUGAUCUGAGAGCUCUAACAUUCUUCUGAAUGAAUACAUUUGCUAGUGCAGUACGCAGCAGCUGCAACAGUGUGGUGCUCUGGGUCUCCAGCUCUGCCUCAGGCUCGCUGAACAUCUGCAAGACAAUUUUUUUAUGUUCUGUAAAUGAAUGCUGCCUAAUUGCACCAGGAAAAUGGGCACAGGGGAUUAUAUCUGCAUUGCUAUGAGCGGAGGGGCGCCUUGGGGCUUUAGAUUGCAAGGUGGCAAGGAGCAAAAGCAGCCUUUGCAAAUCGCCAAGGUUCGCAACAAAAGCAAAGCAGCUAAGGCUGGCCUGUGUGAGGGGGAUGAGGUGGUGUCUAUCAAUGGCAAACCCUGUGGAGACUUAACCUACGCUGAAGUUAUCGUUCUGAUGGAAAGCUUGACUGACGUCCUGCAGAUGCUUAUCAAGAGAUCCUCCAGUGGAAUAAAUGAAACUUUGAGUGCUGAAAGAGAAAAUGGAAAGCAUGAUAAAAUAAAAAAUGAGGACUACAGGGAGAGCACUACACUGCAGAUUAAUACAGCCAAAGAGGUACCCCAUGGAGACUCAUGCAUCACAGAGAUAUACAGUGAGACUCACCAGGGAGCAGGAGAAAGCAACAUACGCUUUUCUGAAAUGAAACAAGAGACCACGCAAAGUCACAGAAUUACUCCUAAAGUGAUAGGCACCUCCAAAGCACUUGUGACUGAUGAACCUGCUUUCAGAGGGAAGAUAGAAGAAAGAAGGCCAGGCAAUAUGGUUGAGCUGCAGUUAUCCCUCUCAAAUGAUGGUCACAAGAGCACCAACGCUCCUGCUGUGACUCUCUUAGGGGCAGAAAAAUGCACCCCUUCAGGAAAAGGACACAGUGUACAAGAAGACGGGACCAACCCUGUAAUUGCAAUUCCCCUGAGUAUGAAAGAGGGCAACAUCCAGUGGUCAAGCAAAGUAGUCCAGUUUUCUAGUAGCAAAGAGGUCAAGAUGGUCCAAAGUGCAGCUCCAUCUAUCCCCAGGGUGGAGGUGAUCCUAGACUGUUCAGACAGAGAAAAAGAAGCACCCAAGUCUCUAGCUGAAAGGGGGUGUGUUGAUUCUCAAGUGGAAGGAGGGCAGUCAGAAGCACCUCCUUCUCUCCCCUCCUUUGCAAUCUCAUCAGAAGGCACAGAGCAGGGAGAGGACAACCAGCACUCGGAAAGGGAUCACAGACCUCUCAAGCACAGGGCAAGGCACGCAAGACUCCGGCGAAGUGAAAGCCUGUCAGAGAAGCAGGUCAAAGAAGCCAAAUCUAAAUGUAAAAGUAUUGCAUUGCUGCUGACGGCAGCUCCCAAUCCCAAUUCCAAGGGGGUGUUGAUGUUCAAGAAGCGUCGGCAAAGAGCGAGGAAAUAUACUUUAGUCAGCUACGGGACUGGGGAGCUGGAACGUGACGAAGACGAGGGUGAAGAAGGUGAAGUUGAAGAGGGGGACAAAGAAAAUACUUUUGAAGUGAGUUUGCUUGCAACAAGUGAGUCAGAAAUAGAUGAAGAUUUCUUCUCUGACAUUGACAACGACAAGAAGAUUGUGACAUUUGAUUGGGACAGUGGUCUACUUGAGGUUGAAAAGAAGACGAAAAGUGGAGACGAGAUGCAGACGCUUCCAGAGACAACAGGUAAAGGGGCCCUCAUGUUUGCCAGGAGACGGCAGAGGAUGGAUCAGAUUACAGCUGAGCAAGAGGAGAUGAAGGCACGCACAGUGCAUGCAGAGGAACAAAGGGAAGUCACCGUGUCAGAGAACUUCCAGAAAGUAAGCUCUUCAGCCUAUCAAACAAAAGAGGAAGAAAUGUUAAGACAGCAACCCUGCAUAAGCAAAAGCUAUGCAGAUGUGAGCCAGAAUGAUGGUAAAAUUGUACAACAAAAUGGCUUUGGCUUAGCACCAGACACAAGCCUCUCUUUUCAGUCUUCUGAAGCUCAAAAAGCAGCAUCUUUGAACAGAACAGCUAAACCCUUCCCUUUUGGGGUUCAAAACCGAGCAGCUGCACCAUUUUCACCCACGAGAAAUGUCACUAGUCCUCUUUCAGAUUUACCAGCACCACCUCCCUACUGCUCUAUCAGCCCACCACCAGAGGCUUUAUACAGACCUCUAUCAGCUCCCGCAGCAAGCAAAGCUGCGCCAAUUCUGUGGUCACACACAGAGCCAACUGAACGCAUAGCAUCCAGAGAUGAGAGGAUUGCAGUGCCAGCCAAAAGAACUGGGAUACUGCAAGAGGCAAAGAGAAGGAGCACAUCAAAGCCUAUGUUCUCUUUCAAAGAAGCACCCAAAGUAAGUCCGAAUCCUGCCCUGUUGUCCCUCGUACACAAUGCAGAAGGCAAAAAAGGUUCUGGAGCUGGUUUUGAGUCAGGACCCGAAGAAGACUACCUCAGUUUGGGAGCAGAAGCUUGCAAUUUCAUGCAGAGUCAAGCAUCUAAGCAAAAGGCCCCUCCUCCUAUUGCUCCAAAGCCUUCACUCAAGGUCUCUCCUGCUGCUGGUACCCCAGUUUCACCGGUUUGGUCACCAGCUGGGGCUUCUAACAAGGCUCCCUCUUUCCCAGCUCCAGCCUCACCACAGGCAGCAUACCCUGCACCACUCAAAUCCCCACAGUAUCCUCAUUCUCCCUCUGCCAAUCCUCCAAAUACUCUCAACCUAUCUGGUCCUUUCAAAGGACCUCAGGCAACCCUAGCGAGUCCAAAUCAUCCAGCCAAGACACCAACCACACCAAGUGCUGGAGAAACAAAACCCUUUGAGAUGCCGCCAGAGAUGAGGGGAAAAGGAGCACAAUUAUUUGCCAGAAGACACUCUCGAAUGGAGAAGUAUGUGGUUGAUUCAGAGACUGUGCAAGCACACAUGGCACGAGCCUCAUCUCCAACUCCAUCUUUACCAGCUUCUUGGAAAUAUUCAUCUAAUGUCCGAGCACCUCCACCUGUUGCUUAUAAUCCCAUACACAGUCCAUCUUAUCCUCCUGCUGCUACUAAGCCUUUCCCUAAGUCCACUGCUGCUACUAAAAAUACCAAAAGAAAACCUAAGAAAGGUCUCAAUGCUUUGGAUAUUAUGAAACAUCAACCUUAUCAACUUGACGCAUCAUUAUUUACUUUUCAACCUCCUAGUAAUAAGGAAAGCCUAGCUAUGAAGCAGAUACCAAAGUUGCCCACUUCAAAGCAAGCUACAUCCUUACGACUGCCUGGUUCUGCAUCUCCUACAAACGUCCGGGCAUCUUCAGUGUAUUCUGUGCCAGCCUACAGUUCGCAACCAUCGUUCCAAUCAAAUGCCUCCACCCCAGUAAAUGAACCAUAUACACCGACAGGCUAUUCUGCGUUUUCUAAGCCAGAAUCCACUACAUCCUCUUUGUUUACUGCUCCGAGGCCAAAAUUUUCAGCAAAGAAAGCUGGCGUCAUCGCACAGGAAAGAAGCAGUGGACGUUCAUUAUCACUUCCUGGGAAACCUUCAUUCAUUUCUCGAGCCACAUCUCCCACUUCUCCUCUUAUAUUUCAGCCUGCCCCUGACUACUUCAGCAAGCCAGAUUCAGCAGCUGACAAGCCUGGCAAGAGACUGACUCCCUGGGAAGCAGCAGCAAAAUCCCCUCUUGGUCUAGUGGAUGAAGCUUUUGGGCCACAAAAUAUGCAGGAAUCCAUUGCUGCUAAUGUAGUAUCAGCUGCACAUAGGAAAACACUUCCUGAGCCGCCAGAUGAUUGGAAACAAAAAGUUUCUUAUGAGCCUCCAGUUCCAAGAGCUAGCCUAGCCUUAUUAGGAGGGAAGCAAUCAGGUGUUACAUCAGCCCGAAAAAGCUCCCUGUCUGUGUCAAAUGCCACCACACAGGCUGGCUCUCAGCAGCAGUAUGCUUACUGCAGUCAACAGUCCCAAACAGAUCCUGAUAUAAUGUCCAUGGAUUCCAGGUCUGACUAUGGCUUGUCAACAGCUGAUUCAAACUACAAUCCACAGCCAAGGGGAUGGAGGCGUCCAACAUGAACAGCAGAAGGGCCUAGCAUAUUUUCCCUUCUUCCAACUUCACAAGUUUUAGAUUUGAGUUGGAGAAGGGAAGUUUCUUGCUGGCCUCACCAUCUCUGAACUAAAGAAAUGAGGAGGCAAAACUGAAUGGAGCACAGUUUUCACAUGACUUCAGGGCUAGCAGCUGCUAGAAUACUCAGUUUUAAACCUAACCUAAGAUAGUUCUGUUUGUAAAAGGGGAAAUUUACACUUUUCUUGGAAGUGGGAUGGGAAUGAAGGUGGGACAACCAGUGUCCUCAUUACAAAAAUACAGAAAGGAGUUAGAUGGAGACUGUACAAGCAUUUGCAGUCAAGUUAAUGAGGAAAAGAAAAAAGAAAUUAAAACAAGGGCAAUUUAAAGGCAAGUAUUUUACAGGAUCUUGCAGGUUUUCUGGAUGCGUUAGAUACUCGAGUUCCAGAUUACUAGAUAGAACCAGCCUUGAGAAAGUGUCAGUGAAAACUUAAGAUUGAGGAACAUUAGAUUAUUGUCUUAAGUUUUCUUCACUUCAUUUUACAAAAGAGCUAGCAAAGUAAAUCAAUGAAUAGUUACACUAGGGUAGCACUUAAAAUACAUCUGUGUUCAUGGUACCUGAAUUUCUACAACAUGGAGGCAUAUGCUAGUUUUACACAGUUGUACAUCUCAGAUUGAUUUCAUGACUGUUUCAAUGAAUUUUUACAUGUUGUAAUUAAUUGAGCAAUCUGAGUACAAAGAAAGAAAGGUGUUAGCAACAGAGACCAGUACCGUGAUACUUGAACAACAACAAAAGGGAUGAUGAACGUGUUUAGAUUGUAUUUAAACUGGAUAGCAAGGCAAUUCUGUAAUAAACUCACAUGGGAGUCUGGAACAGCAUUUUCUCCUCUGUGAAAUGCACUACUCACUGAACAUUUACUGUUACAGCAUCUAACAGUCUGACUGGCUGGGCAGUUAUUCUUAGUAUCUAGGUAGCUCAAUGUUUAGAAGGCUUUUGAUUUGUAUUUUAAGUUCAAAAACAUUAAGUUGAUUGUGAACAUGAAGUUGAUGAACGUAAGUUGUUCAUCAAGCACAGUAUCUGUGUAGAAGGCGGUUUGUGAAAGAGGGUUUAUGAUACGUGUUACAAUGGUGUGAGUCUAGUACAAGUAACAAAUAUUUGGACAGUUGGUUAGAGUUAAGCUAUCUUGAUGGAUCUGAAGAGGUGGCAAAUAAUUGUUGCUAAUGAUAAAUACCUUGCAUUUACAGCUUAUUUAAAUAAUAGUCGUGUCUAAAAAUAUACACAUUGCAAGCUUCUUGGGUAGUUUAGAUGUUGUUAAGGCAUUAAAUGAAUACUGCAAGCUUUACAAAGCUCUCUGCAUCCUCCUCAUUUUUUGGGGCAUUCUCUAAGGACCUGGUGGGCACAGCCAACUACAACUACUACAGAAACACUGAUAACUAUCCGUUUUCAAUAAAGUUGUCAGCUCUGCGUAAAGUGAUUAGAUUAGAAAGAACUGAAACAGAUACAUAAGAAAUAACAUACUACAAAACAUUCCCAUCUGCAAACAGCCUUCCAUUAUAGAAAUUAUGAAAUACAAUUGGUAUAAAGAAAAGUAAACCAAGUUCAUUUGAGCAGAAACUUCCUGUGGGAGCAACUAACUGCAAGAAAAAGAUACCUUUAAGGAGUUUAAGGUGGCAGUAAUUCUCUAGUCAAAUAUAAGACUCCUUGAAAUCAACUGAUCCUUUUGUCCAAUUAGGAAAUGAAGACAUGGAAGCUGUAAAUCUUUAAAUUUGGGUCAUAUUGCUAUAGCAUCUUAGAAAUUUAUUUCAUAACUUAUGAAUAUGUAGAACAAAGAUGAUUUAGAAACAUUACGUGAACAAGGCUGCCAUGGUAUGUCUGACAAUGAACUUUGCACCUGGGAGUCAUACACUUACAUAAUCAGAUUAAGUUUUCCUGCCACAUAAAACAAACAAACAAAAAAAUCUACAUUACUCUCUUCAGCUCUCCAUAACGCCCUUUUUCAUCACUACUGGGAAUAUUGCCACUGAAACCAAUGGGACUGUAGUAGUUCCAUUAGCCUUAAGAGCAUGCGUUUGGAUCCAGGCCUGUUUCCCUAGAAAUACAUGCAAGUUUUCACCUGAUUUCAGCAUAAUUGAUAUCUAGCAGUUAUGUUUAUAAGUCAUUAAAGUCUUAGGUAUUCAAUAAAUGUUAGUGUACAUGUAUUUUACAGAAUGAGUACAUUCUGAAAAUUAUUUAAUGCUUACAUGUUUUGCUGAACGGUGGUAUGUAUUAUAAUAAUAAAAACGAUUCCCUGUAUCCAAGACAAGUUCAGAUUUUUGUUUGAAACCACAUCUUUACACUGUUCAACUAGAAACUAGAUUAUUGAGUUUGCAGUAAGACAUUUUUUACCAAAUGCAAUUAUUUUAAUUCUCAUAAUCAAGUGUCUGUCUUUUGAAUUCUCACUGAAAAUAAUGUUAUGAAUACUAAGGUCACGUGUGAAAGAAGGAAUUGAGUGCUUAGGAAGUGUCUGCUUAAUUUUUUGGUAUGUGCAAUUCAAAAUUGUAGAAUUUUUUUCUAAAUUUUUAUAUUUCAAAAAGUUGAGAAAUAGAAUGCUAUUAUGAGGGAUUUAAUGUUGUGAUCACAUGGCAGUUUAGGAAAUCUUACUUCAGGAUCAAGCAUUACAAAAAACACCCAAGUAGGCACCAAGCACUUAAGAACAGCAGAAUAAGAGAGCUUCAGACAGAAUCACUGACUUCCUUUCAAUGUCCCAAGAAAAAAAGAAAACAACAUGACAAUUUCCUUCUAUUGAUAAGGGAUUCAUCAGUAAGUACUUCUAUGAACAUGAGAAUUAAUGGUGCUGAGUUUCCUAUGAAUUUGCAUUUUAUUAUAGAUUAACUUGGGUGUUUAACGUAAUCUACAGAUUUUUCAUUCCUGCUGCUGAAGAUUUGCUAGUUCUCCUUCCCGUAUGGAUUCUCUCAUGUUUAAUACUGGAUAAGUUCAUCCUAUAGCAUUUCCCUCAAUAGCAACACUGAAAAAGCAUAUACAUCCUCCAUUCAGGUGCCUAUUUUAAAAAAGUCUGUGGGAAAUUGAUUAUUUUUGAGGUCUAUUCCACUGCCACAUAGAAAGAAACAUUUAAAAUAUUAUUAAUGAGAGGACAGACACGCGUGGAAGCAAGACAGAUCAUGUAGCCUUGUUUACCGAAGAAAUCAGGCCAAAACCAGAUUGAGACAAUGGACUGAUUCAAAUGGAAGCAGCAGGCCCAGACUAUUAAUUCAAAUGGUAAUGCAUACGUAGCUUUAUGAAUAACCACAGAGCAUCGCUCACUCUGUUCUUCACCCUAUUCCUCCACUAGCAAAGCAUCUUUCUAUCACAAAUAUUUGUAACUGUUGAGUGUGAGUUCUGAAUAUAUUAAUACAAAUAUUUCUUACAUUUGUUUUUGAAUGCACAGAUCUGUUCAAUAAAUGGGAAAAAAAAUCUUGAUUUAUUAAAUGUGGUUUUUGUUUACUCUCCAUUGUUGCUGUUACUAUGGAAAAGAUUAGAAUACAUAAUAUAACUAAAAGUUUACUUUCUUCAGUUACAGUAGAUGAUGACAAUCACUAUUAUUGUUCAUAAUUGUUUUCAUUUUAGUUCCCUUUAAUGCAACCAAAUAUCUAUUCACAUUGCAUUUCUGCUCAGUCACAAAAGGCUGCAUUGUCCUUAUAAAAGGCUGUUCAUUUCUAAAGGCUUUUUGUUCACUGCAAAAGACACUUUGAGAAUGUACACCAGAGAUGUAAAUUGUAUCAUUUAAUAAAGUGAUUUGACCAAUCAGAUGAUAAACACGAUU